AUGGAUGAAUCUACUAUUAAACAACCAGAAGAGGCGUCGCCGAUAUUAGAAAGCAAUCCUAACAUCCCAAAGGAAUUGUUAGCUUCUCGUAGCAUUAGUUGUUAUUGUCAAUAUUGUGAAAUCAUAUAUUUAGAUCGAACAAUUUAUCAGCUUCACAUGGGAUUACAUAAUGUGAAUAACCCAUGGCAAUGCAAUGCCUGUGGAAAAGUAUGUGAAAACAGACUAGAAUUUUCUUCUCAUGUCUUACAUUACUAG